AUGGCUGAAGACGAGGAGCCAGUCCCAGACGGUGACGCAGAUCAGGAUGAGAAUGAAGCGGAUGCUGGCCAAGCAGAUAACGAUGAGGAAGACAUGGACGAGGCCCCUCAGGAGCAGGAAGAAGAACCGCCAGAAGAGCAGGCAAGCCACCAUAGCGAUCCCCCGGAUGAGCAGCAAGAUGACCAGCAAGAAAAUUGCGAACAAGACCAGUACGAGUUAGAGGAGGGCCCACCAGACGAGCAGAUGGAUGGGCCAGAGCCAGGCGAGAGACAGGAGCAAGAUGAUCAGCUAGAUGGAGAUCACGACGAACCCAUGGAAGAAGUCCAGGAGGACGGGGACGCACCUCCCGCAGAGGACGAUGAGGAUUUAGGGGGAGGAGGCGGUGAGUCUGACAGGGGUGACGUGAAGGUUGACAACGAAGACCUGGAGACUGCAGAGCAGGAUCACAACACAGCAGAAGCACCCCAGGACAAGGACGACAAAGACCAGGAUCCCGGUUCCAAGGACACGAAUCACCCAGGCCGCUGUGAGGUGGAUCUGGAGGAAUCAGAAAAAGAUCCGGCAGAGGCAGAGGAGGCCGAAGUUCCGGAAUGGGAAGGCAAGGACGAAAGCCAGCAGCCAUACGUUGAGUGCGAGGAGGAUGCACCGACGGAUGACAGGAAAAGGGUUGAUCCGGGCACCUUUUCUGUCAGCUCCUUUCACUCCACUUUGAAUGUCAUGACUCCUGAUGGCAAGCUUCUAAUGCCCGUCAGUGACCGUGGCUUUCAGCACUUAGUCGCAUGCGCUCGAUCCACAACAGGACUGAAGGAUGGCAGGUAUCUUUUCGAAGUGCGAAUCGUGGAGCUGCGUCGGUCAGUCGAAAAUGGAAAGCAGCGUGUCCCAAGGCAGUUCUGCGGAGUUGGCUUUUGUGCAGAGGGGUCGUCCCUCUUUCUGGGAGACGAUGAGCGGAACAUGGGUUUCGAUUCGGAAGGUUGCUUAUGCAAGGAUGGCCGAAAGAGUUGGAUGGAUGGUUUGAACGAUCGCAUCCGGCUGGACAGGCAGCUUGUCAUUGGAGUUCUCCUGAACCUAGACGCACAGAGUCCGAAUGCCAACACACUUAGCCUCUUCGUCAACGGCGAACGUUUGGGAAGACCGCAGAGCCUGCCCGAGACUCUCAAGGGCAAAACGCUGUUCCCUCUCGUCAACUUCAAGAAUGUGACGCUUCAUGCCAACUUCUCCGGGCACAUGCCGUUUGCACCUUUGCCGUUCGCUUGUCGGACGCUGCAAGAUGCAGCCCAGGAGGAUGUUGAAUCUCACAAUGUGAAGGAGAGCCAGUGCCAGGUUCUCAUUCCGAUUGGCCUGCCCGAUGAGGGGACCUUUGCCUGGCUCGAUAGUUUCAAAGAGAAGGCUCAGUUUACAGAGCUUUCUGGCCGCAGUGUCAAGGAGUGGGCAAUGAAGAGUGGCUUGUGGUCCCAGGGUCAUGGGCGCAAUUUCAACGACCAACCCUCCAUGGACUUUGGCUUGAAGGAGCUGGACGGUGGCACGACCAGACAGGUUUUUCAUGCUAUUGCCCCACGUCUACAUCGCAACUAUAUUGUCAUGGAGGUGCAGAGGAACCUCUUGGCAGAAGAUCGUCGAAAGGCACUCGCUGCUUUCAAUGCCCCGCAUUUCAAGCGGGUUGCCAUGGUGGUCAUGGGUGAGCCGCCGGAGGACUUCAAGGUAGAGGCUCGCGAGAAUCUCCUGCAAGCUCGCAGAGAUAAGGUCGCUGCCGACGUAAGAAAAGCCAAGCGGCCUUCAAAAUGGGACAAUGGGUCGCAAGCUGUGAGUUCAGCAGACCUGGAAGCGGAAGUGAAGGCCAAGGUUGACGCAGUGACGCUGACAGACUGUGAAAUGCAGUCGUGGUUCCAGAAGAGGAAUGAUGGUGACAUUCCUGAGAAAGAGCUGGCGAAGGUUUUUAGUGACUUCAGCUUGCCAUCUGCAGAUGAGGGUUUCCAGGAGAUCCAGUUCAUGUGGCAAGGUGAGAAGGAGUGCUUGGAGCACAUGCAAAAGUGGAUUGCCGAAAGAAAGUUGACUCAGAGGGUGGAGGAUCUGAAGCCCACUGAAUGGUUCAAGAAACAGACCGAGCUGUGGCAACAGUCCAUGAUGAAGUGGAAGCGCCGGUUUGAAGACUGGCAAGAUCCACUCAAAAGGAGGCGCCUCGAAGAUGAUGCGCGGCGCCGACGGGAUGAGCAGCCUCAGGAAAAGGAGAAGCCCUUGCCAGUCGGGCGACUGGAUGAGAAAGUUGUGGACUUGGAUGAGGACGAGCCCCCCAAGCCACAGAAGCCGCCGGACAGUUGCGACGAUGUGGAUCCGUGGAAGCUGCAGGACCUGUUGGACAUCGGCACCGGGGAACCCUUGUUCUCAAAGUUCACUUGGGAAGAUUGGAUGAUGUUGGAACUGCGGUUUCAACUGCAUGUUCUUGUCCAUGGGUACAAGCACUGCAUGAACGAUCCCGGACGGGUCUCAUUCCACGAGAGCCACACGCAGUUCUAUUUUGAAACGUUCUGGGGGAAAGAGCUUUCCCUCAGAAGCUACGGAGUUGAGUCGAUUGCGGAACUCCUCCGAAUGGUCAGAGACACCAUUGAGGUGUUGCCAAACAAUUCCGUCCUAGAUCCGCAGCUGUCGGACGACACGCCACUGGAAAACUUCGUCAGGCUGACGGAAGACUACCGACGCGAGCGGCUUCGCAAGCUCGAUGCUGGAGACCAGACAGCAGCCCUGCGUUUGCAGAAGCCACAGGCUCAUGCCCCGCGCCAGUUUCAAGCUGACGAUCGCCGACAAGGCGGAAGGGGCUUCGAACGUCAGGCCCCGCAACGAGGCCAUACACCACGAGCUGGUGCUCCUCCAGCUCGCGGUGACCUCAGGUGGGCUGCAGGCGGUGGCGGAGGCGGUGGCGGUGGCGGUGGAAGCCAGCGGGACCACCGGUCCACUCGAGGUGGGGAGAGCCGCAAAGAUGUCCCCCGCGGCAACCGGCCCCCACCUGCUCCUCCCGUUCCCCGGUCUCAUGCAAGGGAUGCUGGUGGAGCCGGUCAGAAACGUGUGUACGAUCAGGGGCCUGGGCGAGACGAUCGUGACCGACACCGUGCAUCACGGAGCCGCCAUGAGCGGGAUGGCCGGGACGGUAGACACCAGUAUGCCCCGCAUAAAUCACAAAGAACCCAAAGUGCUGGUCCCAACUCGCGCGGUCCUGGCGGAGGAUACGCUUCUUAUGGUGGAGGGGGUGGAGGGGGCUACAGAGGUCGUCCCGGCUCCAGAGGCUGA